GUUGGGACAGAAAAUCACAACAUCGAGUUUCCGCUGCCGUCCUCGUCGUCGUCGAGCCCUUUUUCGUUUUUCAGGAGAAAAAGGAGGAAUUGAGUGGAUAGUUGUGCGCGCGCGUGUGUCCACUGUGUGCCUGUGUUGAUCUGUGUGUUUGUGUGCUUGUUUUUUUUCUUUUGGAAUUUCCCAGUGUGCGGAAAAGCGGAUCAUCAUCGGGGCUCUCUGGCUCUCGAGGAAAACUCAUCGCCACCAACACCCCUAGCCACAGCGACACAAAAACACCAGCGUCGUCACCUAUUGACCUACGCCGACCGCCUACUACUACUACACCGCCGCCGGAGUAAACGGAGUAUCGCAAAAUUAGUAGACGAAUAAGCUCGAGCUAAAGUCCUCCCCCCGCGCGAAAAAAGAAACGGAGGAUAGUUCUCUGUUUUAAGAAAGCGAGCCAAAAACAAGGUACAGCAACGUUGUACGGGUGUUGUUUCAUGUGUGGUGUAAGGAGAUAAGUAAUGUGGUGUUUUUCAUGCGUCUCUUCUCCAACUAAUUCAGAACCGAUGGCUGCUAUCAGGAAAAAGCUGGUAAUCGUUGGCGAUGGUGCCUGCGGUAAGACGUGCCUGCUGAUCGUCUUCAGCAAGGAUCAGUUCCCGGAGGUGUACGUCCCGACCGUGUUCGAGAACUACGUCGCCGACAUCGAAGUAGACGGCAAGCAGGUUGAGCUGGCACUAUGGGAUACGGCUGGACAGGAAGACUACGAUAGACUGAGGCCGCUGAGCUAUCCGGAUACCGACGUGAUCCUGAUGUGUUUCUCGGUGGACUCGCCCGAUUCGUUGGAGAACAUCCCGGAGAAAUGGACCCCUGAGGUCAAACACUUCUGUCCCAACGUACCCAUCAUCUUAGUCGGAAACAAGAAAGAUCUCCGAAAUGAUCCUCACACAAUCAAGGAAUUGGCCAAAAUGAAGCAAGAGCCCGUGAAGCCACAGGAGGGGCGUGCAAUGGCGGAGAAGAUAAACGCGUUCGCUUACUUGGAGUGUUCCGCCAAGUCAAAGGAAGGUGUGCGCGAGGUGUUCGAAACUGCCACGAGAGCGGCGUUACAAGUGAAAAAGAAGAAGAAGAGUAAAUGUGUUCUGCUCUAAAAGAGUCAACACAAUAGACACACAAACAUACAUACACACAUAUAUACACACAUACCACAUGCCAGCAAAAAGAAGAAGAUGAAAAAAAAAAUCAACAACCACACACCACCAUCCGCGCUCUGCUGCAAUUCUCUUCAUCUCCACCACCACCACCACCAACACCACAUCGCGGACGGCUGACGACGGAUGGGUGGAAUCAUCCUUUCCUUCUACUCCGUGGCCUCCUCCCCAACUGGUGGUGAGCCAGGAAAAGGAUCCGUUUGCGACAACAACCUCCAUUUCUUGAAUGGUGGGACGGUGAGCUCGCGAUACCACCACCAUGAACCAGAGAGAGAGAGAGAGCGACCCGGCAUGAUUGAUGAAUGGGUUGGAGGAGUGCCGAAAACUACUGGACACAAAAAAAAACGAUGAGAGUAAAUACUAUCACCACCACCACACCCACGCACCAACCAUACCAAGAUACCAUCAUCAGCAACAGCAGCAGCAGCAGCAGCACCGGCUCGCUGGCACGCUUCCUCCAUUCUUCGUACACGAUGACUAAUUCGGGGCUCAAUGAUAGCGAUGAGUGCCGAGUGCCCGCGGAAAGACACGGAUAGUAAUGCCCCGGCAAUCUCGGCAGCAGCAGCGACACAGGAUGAAAGAAGGGGACUUUUCUACACAUACGGAAACAACACAUUCAUUUUUUAAACAAUACAUGCGAAUUGCGAUUUUUCAUCUUUUACAUACCGCGUGAGGACAAAAAAAAAGGAAAACGCUUUCAGGGCUUUCAGGGCGUCAGCUAAGGCGCAGAUUGUAUGGUGGCAUCAUCCAUCGUCCAUCGGUGGCUGUCGCUUCUUUGGCUCCCCUUUUUCUUCAUCAAAUUAGCUUUCGUAUAUCCACUUCCGAUCAGAGGAGAAAGGCAUUAGAAGUAUGCGGCAGAUUGAGGGCCUUGCUCCGUCAAUGGUGGAUCGUAGCAGCCAAAAUCCAAACUCGAGAUCGCCUAUUAAUGAUGCGAGUGACUACGCCGGCUGACUGAAUGGAUGGUUGAGGGGGUCUUCACUAAAGGCCAUGUCGCAAUAUUGAACUGCAGCAGUAUCAUCUUUGAAAAUCCCCGUCGAGGAUCAGUAAAUGCACAGAACACAUAAGCGCUCUCGGUUUCUGGGUUGAACAGGAAUACCGUAUCUUUUUGUUGUUUACGGUACUCUAUAAGUUUCUCAUAUUUGGUUCCAUUCCUUUUCCUUCUUUUUUUUUAUCAUCCUCACUUUCACAACAACAACAUAAAAAACAACAAAUGAAUGUUUCCAUACAAAUGAGAUGAUUACGUGCGCAUGUGGCAUCUAUUAGAUGUGUUUUUUUUAUUAUUAACUAUUUGAUAAGCGAUAAAUUGGAUGUUGGGUUUUUGGAGAGUAGAAACAGCAGCAGCAGUAGCAGCACCCGCAACACAGUAACAACAACAAAGGCUGCGAAAGCAAGAGCAAGCAGCAAAAGAAAACAGCAAAGGAAAUUCAGCCAAUUGCAAAUCACACCCUCAUUCGAUAAGGAAGAAGGAGCGACCACACAAAGUAGUACAGCGAUGCGAUAAAGGAAGAGACGAUCGAACGAGGAUCGAACUAGGCGCGGGCGGACAGUAGACUCAGAGCGGGAAUUCGCAUAACACGAAAGAAGAACACUUAUACACACGUUGCGCACAUCAGAUAAGUUAACUAGCUAUCAUCGAAACCAACAACACAACUCCACUACUCUCCACUCAGCGAACCGGUGGAGCGAUGCGUGCCCCAGUCGUUGUGUGCCGGUGGUGGAGUGGCCUUUAUCAUCUCCUCCCCCUUUUGGUUCAUUUUUUUUCUACAACGGUGACGAUUUCUAGUGUGGAUCGUACUUCAGCGUGUUCUGUGUGGUGUGUCAUGCGGGUUUAAAGAGAAUAGAUCCUUUGCCUCAAUCAACUACAGAGGGAGGAACGAACGGUGGUGGUCAAAUGUGACUGCCAACGGAAAGAGGAACAACACAGAGAAAACACGGAACGAAGACGGAAAGAGGGGGCAUAAGUUGAAAAGAGCAACGGGGGCUGAAAAGGAUGGAAAAAGGAUGUUGUGGGGCAAGUUUAGGCUAGUAUAGAGUAACACAGAUUAGGUGGAGAGAAAGUGCAGAGGAUGCCGAUGGGAAUGAGAGACAGAGAGAGAGCGAGAGUCAGAAUUUUAAAAAAAUAAUGCAGAAGAAUAAAUUCUAACCAAUGAUGAUAAAUCGAA